UCCACGAGACAAGUACGGUCAGAGAGUUUAGUGAAAAAACAAGUACGGUCGAAGAACUGUCUAAAUUGGAGGGAGGAAAGAAGAGGAAGAGUCCCCGGACAGCGGCAUAUCACCGCGCCAUCGCGUUCGGGGUUUUUCAUCACAAACGGGAACAAGAUUUACAACCAAAGCGAAACGACUUAGGGUUUCGCACUCUUCCAGUUCCGCGGUACCAGCAUUGCCUCGGUUACUAUCUUCGGCUCUGUAGAGAGCCGCUGUAAGGUUAACUGUGAGUCUGCUUGUGAAGAGGCCUGGUGGGGGAAUAUGGAAGAAGAUACACCGACUGAAGAGCUUGAAUUUACAUGGGGAAAGAAGAAAGGAAAGGGAGGGAAAAAUAAGGACGUUCUGUUUUAUGAAUCUUUCACUUUUGAUGGUGAAGAGUAUACCCUGUAUGAUUGUGUUUAUCUUUACAAGAAAGAUGAACCUGAGCCUGAGAUUGGAAAGCUAAUAAAAAUAUGGGAAACUGGUGAGAAGGCAAAGAAAGUUAAAGUUUUAUGGUUUUUUCGUCCUUCUGAGAUUUCAAAUUUUCUUGGAGGUGAAGAGAUACUUGAGAAUGAGUUGUUUUUGGCAUCCGGUGAAGGUGUAGGCCUUGCGAAUCUUAAUCCAUUGGAAUCUAUUGCUGGAAAAUGCAAUGUUCUUUGCAUUUCAAAGCACAAGGAAAAUCCUCAACCAUCAGACGAAGAGCUUCAAAUGGCUGAAUUUGUGUUUCAUCGAACCUUUGAUGUUGGGCUGCAAAAAAUUGCCGAUAAGAUGGAAGGAAUAAUUGCUGGGAUUGAUGUUAAAUUCAUGUUUAACAGAAAGGAAAUUCAGAAGCCUGGUGGCGUUCUGAAAGUUGAUUUAGGAAAAAAUGAAGUUUGUGGGAAUGUCAUAGCAAGUAAUGAAACAAUGGUUCUAUCAAAGAAAAACUCAUUUAAAGAAAAUAUCACUUUAGAGACAAAUGAAAAUUGUGUUGAUUCUUCAACACAAGAAAAUGGUGGUUUGGUUAAGCAUAAACCAUCACUUGUAGAAAAGCCUGCUUCUGGUGUAGGUUUAAAUUCAAGUGACACGGAUAAAAUGAAUGAAAAACUGGAACAUGUGUCAAAUCCCAUGGCCUUGUUGAGGUUUGAAGUUAAAAGUGAUGAAGGUGAGGUUAAGCAUGGUAAAGUUCAUGCACGACAAGUUGAAGAGGAAGAAAAAGUGAAGUUCACUAAGGAUAACAUUGAUUUGGAUAAUAGGCCAACCAAGAAGGCGAAGCUUGAUACGGGAAAAAUUAGAGAGCGAAUACAUGUGGAGGUGGAAAGAAAGAAAAAAUUUACCUAGUGUUUGUGACCCAAAGGUGAAGAAUGACGCUUCAAUUGAAGUGGGCAACGAUAAAAACAAAAGUAGUGACUUGAAGCAUAGGAGUGAUACAAAGGUUUUAUCCCCAAAGGUUUCUAAUGAAGUGGACCAUGGACAAUCAAAAAAGCCGAAGCUUGACACUUCAAUUGAAGUGCCCAAUGACAAAAGCAAAAGUAGUGACCCAAAGUGUGUGAAUGCUACAAAGGUUUUAUCACCGACUAUGUCUGCUCUUGAUGAUAUAUCCAAACUUAAGCGUUCAAAGGAUUCUCUUGGAACAAACAAUUCCCCUCUCAAAAAGAUGAAGCCUGAUGAAAAGGCAACAACCAUUUCCAAUGGCAACGAUGGCAACUUGCCUAAAGCAUCUCAACGUAAAGUCAAACAUGAUUGUCGUGGAACAGACGAAGAGUCUUGCAAGAAGAUAAAUCUCAAUGAGAAGGCCAUGGCGCUUUCUGAUGGCAAGUUGCCUAAAGUUCCUCUUACACAGAAUCAAAGUAUGGCUGAUAAAGUUGAUGGCCUUGUAGUGGAAGUUACUCGACAUCCCAAUGGUGAUAGAAGAACAUGGUUCAAGGGAUUUCCUUGGGAAGAUAGAAUUCAGAAUGCACAUGAGCAAGGCACUCUUGUUCUGCUCCAAAAUUUGGAUCCAGCAUACACUUCAGCGCAAGUGGAGGACAUAGUAUGGCAUGGUAUUAAGGAAAGCUGCACGGCUAAGAUGAUUCAGCGGACUGCAAAUUCUAGUCCUCACUAUGGACAAGCUCUUGUGAUUCUCAAAACUAGGGAAGCAGCACAAAAGGUUGUUAGAGAAUUGGAUGAGGGCUGCCUAUUAUUGUCAAAUGGAAGGCCUCUGGUUGGCAGCAUUGGAACUCCUUGUUCCUCAGAAAGGAAGCCACCUUUUUUUGGUCAUUUAACUAUCGAGAAACUUUGGCACCAAAAUGCACGGGAAGUGAAAGAAGCCAUAUCAACUUCACAUUGUUCCCAGCCCAACACUAUUGAAUACAAUAUGGCCAUGGAGUGGUGUUUACAACAAGAAAGAUCAGAUCUUUUUUGGAAGAACUUGUAUAAGCAACAAGGAAAGGAGUUGAGACAACUCAAAGCUAAACUUAAACUCAAAGAUGCACUUAAGGCGAAGUAAGCAGUGUGGCUGGGUAAACUUGCUCCCAUUGUUUUAUCAUGGAAGAACUUAUAUGGCUGGGCCGUAAUUCAGGGAUCAGGCAAUUUCAUGGUUGCACAGGUACAAAUAUUUUGUUUAGGACUGGUUUCCAGGUGUUGUGAAUCUCACCCGUAGUCUUUGCCCGUAGGAAAUAACUGGACGGUAUGCUUACAUAUGAGCUCCAUCACCGAAUAAAAAUGUAAAUUCCUUGGUAUCAUUUUCAGAUAGGUGAAUGGCCGUUUGUACAGUUAUGAUUUAGGUUAAACAAGUGUUUUUUCAUCUCAGUUGAAACUAACAGACCGUGGUCGUUGUUUGUACAGUUAUGAUUUAGGUUAAACAAGAUUUUUUCGUCUCAGUUGAAAUUAACAGGCCAAAAUUCUUGUA